CAGUUUACGCGAGUGACGUAAUAUCGUUCGGGAGAGCCGGUUUAUUCUUCUGCAUGCACGCUGAAUGCCGCGUGCGCGGCGUGUUUCUCGCGCUCGUAGAUCACUGAAAGCGGGAGACUGCAGGUGCAUCCCCGCAACGUGUCACGUCCGAGCGUUGACAGAUUGACGGAGAAGCGCGGGAUCGACGGGGCGAUUCACGGGCGUGUGCCAGGGACCGUGUUUGACGGCACGCCGACUCGGGGAUGACGUAAUUCGACGGAAAAAGACGCGAACGACUCCUCGCAUGCUCCGGCGGACUCCGUUUCAAGGUUAUGUCCGCCGUGGGAACGGAACCGUCGUAGCGAAACGCCCGUGUUGUCGCCGCGUGUGCUGCGCAAAUCGCGUGCAUCGCGUCUUCCCGAAAUCGAGCUCCUCUCUGACGCACGAAGUGUUUCCCGAUACAAUCUGCACUCAGGUUAACCGUGCUGUGGAUAGCUGUACGAGGGAUAGUGUCGCGGAGAAACUACGAAUUUUGUUUGAGAAAGAGUAGAAAGAAAAACAGGCAUCAAAAUGGUGUUCGAGUCGAUUGUCGCGGAGCUCCUGAACAAGGUGAUUGGCGAAUACAUAGAGAACUUGGACUAUACGCAGCUUAAAGUCAGCCUUUGGGGAGGCGAUCUUGUAUUAAAUGACUUAUUGAUAAAAGAGUCUGCGUUAGACGUGUUGGAUCUUCCAGUGAGAUUGGAAUAUGGUCGCUUAGGGAAAUUGAUAUUGAAGAUCCCGUUCAAAGAUAUGUGGAAUGGCCAGAUAGAUGCUAUAGUUGAGGAGCUAUUUAUAUUGGUAGUGCCUACGAGUCAAGUUUCAUACAAUGAAGAGAAAGAGACGAAAGCGCAAUUGGAAACGAAACGAGCGGAACUCGAGAGGGUGGAAAAGAGAAAACAAUUAGCGGAAAUAAAAUCGCAAGAGAAACUGGAUGAUUCGAUGGUUGAGAAACUCGUUGCUCGCAUGAUCAAGAACAUUCACGUGGAAAUCAAGAGAAUUCACGUACGGUACGAGGAUCAUGUCACCUUCAAAGAGCACCCGUUUUCCGUUGGUUUUACCCUGAACACCUUUGUUCUCGAGAGUUGCACAGACUCCUGGGAAACCACUGGCAAUUUGAAGGACAUGUACGCCAUUCCGCAGAUCUUCAAACUAUGCAGUCUGGACGGGCUGGCCGCUUACCUCAAUACGAAUGUAGAACAGUACAGCACGAGCUCGCAGUCCACGUAUUCCACUCUCUUUUGUAGCGGCAUUGCGACCAUGGAUUACACUCCACCGAAUUAUCAAUAUCUGUUAGGUCCGAUCAACGUCAAGUCCAAGCUCAGACUCAAUCCCAAGCCUGAGUCCGACGGCAGCAACUACACCAUUCCCAAGAUGUGGCUGGACCUAGAGAUGCAGAAAUUACGGAUCGGUUUAACGAAACGUCAAUACCAGACUCUUGUCCGGUUAGGAGAGGGCUUGGAUCAAGCGCGGAAAGCCGCGCCCUACAGAAAAUACCGACCGAACUUGACAUCGUAUCGCGGCCACUAUAAGGAAUGGUGGCAUUUUGCGUAUACCUGCGUCCUCGAGGAGACCGUGCGACGGUGUCGUCGUAACUGGGACUGGAAUCACAUGAAGCGGCACCGCGACACUUGUCGCAUUUAUGCCGAAGCCUACCAGACGAAGCUGACGACGAAGAAGCUAGCGAAGGAGAUUGAAGAGCAACUGACGCAUUGCGAGAGGAACUUGGACAUUUUCAAUCUGGUGAUUAUUCGACAGCAGAUUGAGAUGGAGGUGGAAAGACUGGCGGAACGAGAAAAGAGUCUAAAGGCGAAGCGAGGGUGGUUCGGUUUCCUGUGGACCAGUUCGCAGGUCGAGGAGACGAAAGACCUCAAUUCGGCCGCUGCCAUCAUGCGCAAGUUUGAGGAGGCGAUGACGCCGCAGGAAAAGGAGAAACUCUAUCGGGCAAUCGAUUAUCAAGAGAAUAGUGCGCCAGCACAUUAUCCAGAAACGUACGAAAUGAUCGAUACGCGUUUUUUUCUGCACGGCCUGCAGAUUUCUCUAUUGGACACAGACAAGAAGCACUCGUGCGUUUUGGAUUUGCAGCUGCAUGGCGUACGAGCGGGCUUUAAGUCACGGCCAUCCGCGAACGCGAUUCUCGUUACCGCCUCUAUCAGCGACAUGAAACUACUGGGCGCAACGCAGAGCGGUCGCGUGCCCUCGCUCUUCAAUCCGGGACACGGUAGCUCCGACAGCGCUCUGCUGUCGAUCUCCUACGAGAAGAAUCCGCUCGACAAGUUGUGUGGCGACCGCGUAAUCGUCAAGUCCCGAUCCGUCGAUAUGGUCUACGAUGCGCAAACCAUUAUCGAAUUAGUCAAUAUGUUUAAGGUGCAAAACUCUUCGACGCUGAGUCAAUUGCAAACAGCUGCGGCAGUACAAUUGGAGGGCCUAAAGGAAAUGUCUGCACUCGGACUGGAAUAUGCUAUUGAGAAACAUUCGGUGUUGGACAUACAAGUGGAUAUGCAGGCAUCGCAACUUAUUAUACCGCAUGGUGGCCUGUACGAAAAUUCGAAAGCGUUGAUUGUAGUGAACCUAGGUAGUUUAAAAAUGCAUUCUUUGGGAAUGGGCAAGAGUGAAAUGGCUGGUGCUAGCGUUAAACAAUUGGUUAGCAUGGGCAAGAGCGAGGAGGAAGUACUGCUAUAUCUGAGGGAACACAGUUACGACAAAUUCGUUAUGAAGAUAGUCAACUUUCAGGUGUUGGUUUCGCUGCCAAACGAAGAGUGGCGAUCAGCUUUGGCAAGUACAGAGAGUUCCUUGACACUACUCUAUCCAACUACAUUGGAAAUUCAGUUUCACAAGUGCCUGGUGACGGAUGAUCCUUUGUUGCCGAAACUACGGCUCCUCGGUCGGCUGCCGUCAGUCGCCGUGAACAUAACGGACAUUCGACUGCUGCAGGCUCUCUCGAUCGUGCAGAGUAUCUCUCUGCCCGAGGAGGAGAAACCUGCAGAAUUACAGCGUGUUUCCCUCUCUAAAUCCGUCUCGCAGCUAUCGCUGAAGGAGAUUGGCACUACGAUAUCCAGCAUCGUCGAUAAAAGGAAACAGCAAGAAACAGCCGCGCCAAUGAAGCAAACCACUGAUUUGGAGAUGAAAUUCGAGAUGAAGGAGUUUACGCUGUCGAUAUCCAGACAAAGUGGCGAUGACGUGUCGGAAUUUAUCAGAUUACAAGUGCUGCAGUUAGAAGCAGAGAUGCUGCAACGUACGUAUGAUCAGGAGAUACACCUGCGGCUGGGUGGCGUGCAGAUGCGGCAGUUGUAUGAGGAUCAAGAGAUCUUCAUGGUCAACACGCCGAUGUCGACCGGCAGGGAUGAGUAUUUGAUUACUGUGCAAUAUGUGAAUGUGAACAAACGUUCGCCGGAGUUCAAUACGCGCCAUGGUUCUGUCGUGAAAUUGCUACGACUGGAAUUCACCACGCUGGAUACACUGUUACAUCAGGAAGCGCUCAUCGAGCUGCUACGAUUUAGCACGUACAUUCAAGAUCAAAUGAGUUCGCUCGAAGGUGUUCAGAAGAAAGAAGUCGAGACGCGUUUACGACCGACUCGUUUGACUUCGAUUCAGGAGGAGACCUCCGGCUUUCUUAAGGAGCAGUUGCAGAAACAAAGAAGACCGACCGGACGACGCAGAAGGCAAACCGUCGAGUGUAUCGAUCUAAAGGUGAACGCUAAGGUUGGUUCGAUCAAUCUAAAGAUUUCCAGCGCCGCUCGGGAUAUUACCGCACUCUACAUCGAGGGUAUGAGUGCCAGUUUUCUCAGCAAAUCUUCGUACUCGCAAGUGAAUGCCGAUCUGGCCUCUAUCAGCAUUAAAGAUCUCAAUCCUGCCUCUAUGUACAAGGAUAUAGUGGCUGUGGAGGGUACCGAGUCUCUGCAGAUUCAAGCGGUGAUGUAUAACAUUGAACAAUGGGAGAUGGACAAGAACAACAUGUCUGUCAAUGUGACGAUGGGUUGCCAUCGUAUCGUCUUCUUGAAUGCAUUCGUCACCAGUGUUAUGAAUUUCUUGAACAACUUUCAAGCGGCGCAAAAAGCUAUCAAAGAGGCGUCGGCGGCAGCAGCAGAAGCCGCGAAGACAAACAUCAAAGAUGUUCAAGAAAGUGCCUCGCGUAUCGAGCUAAGUGUCAGGAUCAAGGCGCCUGUCAUAUACGUGCCGAUGAACUCUAAAAAAGAUCAUAGCUUAAUGCUAGACAUGGGCAAUCUUAUGGUACGUAACGUCUUCAAAAAGCUGGACGUGACAAACGAGGAAACCGGUGAAUGUCCCAUAGUAGAUGAAAUGAAAAUCGAGCUGCAGAACUUGAAGUUAUCCCGAAUUCGACUCAACAUGGAAAAGUUUACCAGCGAAAACGAGGUGCUGUUGCUGGAACCGGUGACGUUCACGCUUCUAAUGAAGCGUAAUCUGUCUACCGCCUGGUUCACUACUAUUCCGGACAUCGAUAUGUCUGGUAGAUUGAACAAAAUCAAUCUGCUGUUAAGUAAAGAGGAUUAUGCUACGAUUCUAAAAGUGUUGGAGCAGAAUCUGGGUGAGACUUUCGAGGACUCGAAACCAGUGCAAGCUGUGCCAUCCGCUAUGAAGUCUGAAAUCAGCGAAGAGAUCCAACCAGCAUACAAGUACGAGAUCGACGCAUCGCGAGAACCGCCAUCGGACACGCAGGAACGACCCGCUCACACAUCCGUGAAGUUCGAGUUUAUCAUGGACAGUCUGGUGAUCAAUCUCUUCACUGGUGGUUCCAAGUCGCUGCAGUCGCAGACGUCGCCGCUGCAUUUACCCGAACAUGGACUGGCACGCUUCAGUCUCACUCACUUUGCCGUGAAGGGCCGUGUGUUCGCGGACGGUUUGUUGGCCACGUCGAUCCUGUUGAUGAACUGCACGCUGGAUGACAUGCGGCAAAGCCGUGAGGGCUCAUUAGUGCGAAUUAUGGAGAGGACCAGCAGCGUGUCAGGAGCGAAUGAGGAUCAUCUCGACAAAAAGCACGCCAAAUACAACGCCAGGAGUAUGCUGGACGUGACGGUGCGCCAGAGUCCGAAUGACACGUUCGCCGACGUGCGGGUAUUCUCUUUCAGCAUCAUCGUGUCUCUCGACUAUCUCAUGAAGGUCAAGGACUUUUUUGAUGUGGAUACCGCGAAUAAGACGGCUAUUGCUUCUUCCACGAAAAGCGAAUUGAUUCCAAAGAAGAAGCCGACACAACAGCAGACUGCUUCGACGCCCAAGAUGUUGACUGUGAAUCUGCAUGUGGAAAAGCCAGAUAUUAUCUUGCUUGAGAACAUGGAUGACAUCAACUCGAACUGCAUUGUAUUGAAUACUGAAUUGUUGCUGAAGGUGCGCAUCAUGGGAGAACAUCAAGUGAUUACGGGAUCUAUUAAAGAUCUCUCGUUGCUGACAGGGAUAUAUAAUCCCGCGAAGAGGGCCGACUGGAUAUAUCAGGUUUUGAGGCCAUGCAGUAUUAGCGUAGCCGGUUCUACGCCAGAAGGCAAAGGGCUUCACUUAGAGGUCCGUUGCACGGAUAUACAUAUGUCUGUUUCUCCAGGUGUGAUCGAAAUAUUGAAUAAGGUCAUUCAUAUGGUGACGAAAAAGGAGGAGGAGGACAUGGAAGUCGUUAAGUCCGAGCCCAAUUAUGAAGGAUUGUGGAUUGUUACGCCAUUCGAAGAUAACAAUUACUGGUUCUUAAAGACAGAAGUCGCGAUGGAAGCGCUCGAGGAGUUUACGUAUCCAGACGAUGACGUUGUGGCGACCUACAAGCCCGAAUUAGCGAUUGUCUCAGCGCCUACAAUCUUGUUCACCCUAGAGGCUGGUGUCGGCAACAAAACUCUUCCCAUGUUACUGCUUCACGUGGGAUUCGAAAGCAGCAUUAAUGAUUGGAGUACAAAAUCCAUGAGUGUAGACUGCUCGAUGUCAGUGAUCAUGGCGUAUUAUAACAGUCGCCUUGCUCUGUGGGAACCGCUGAUCGAGCCGAUAGAAAGUUCCGAUAAUGGUAAACGCAUCUCAACGCCGUGGGAACUAAAAACGAAGAUCCAAUUUAACGACAUAAUGUUAGACUCUAAAGGCGCCAGCGCGAUCAGCCCGAUUUCAGAAAGUGAACCCGAAGAGCUACACCAGUCUACUAAGAUGUCCAUCGAUAUCACAUCCUCUGAUAAUCUGGAGAUAACUGUGACGAAGACGUGUUUAGAUGUGUUGAAACAACUCGGUCAGUCGUUUUCCUCGGCUAUGGAGGCCAGCGGGAAAGGACCCACCAAAAAAGUGGCACCGUACAUGCUGAAGAAUGAGGCCGGCCUACCGAUCAUACUCAAUCUCGAGCACAGUCUCUUCAAGAUUUUUGAUGAGGAAGAACGUAAUGACAAGAUUAUGGAAGUGAUCCUUGAAACCGGUGCGUCGCUAGAACUCGCACCGAAGACAUCCAAGCUGGUUGACACGCGUCUUCUUGAGCAAUUGAAAGUGGAGACCGUGAAGGACAGAGAAGACACUAAAUUUUCUAUACGUUUUAAAGAUGGUAUUCAAAGCAAAUUGACAAUACCUGUGUUAAGAGCGGAUAGGCGAUUCUUUUCUAUGAAGCACCGAAAGGAUGGCUCCGAGGAAUGGGGUAUUGUGUCGGACGUCAUUGUGGAGGAGGGUAGUACGAUUGUCACUCUUCGAAGUGUUCUUCAGGUCCACAAUCACUUCGCGCAACCGAUAUCUGUUUAUUAUAUGACGAAGCGUGGCAAUGAAGUGGAAUGCGUGGGUACAGUGGCACCGGAUGAAAAGCUCAAUUUACCUCUGGACGCGGUGUAUACCCCAACAAAUAUUUACUGGCUAUUUUUCAGUGUCGAUGGAUAUAUGGUGUCGGUUGAGCCAUUUGUCUGGAAGGACUUGCAGAAAACUGUUUCUAUGACGAAAUUGUUAAAAUGCGAGUCGCGAUCCAAGCAGGACACCACAGAACCAUUUUAUAUUCAGGCGGUGGGAGAGAUCGAACAGGUGUAUUUCGAGAAUACCACUCGUCACACCAUGGCUAGUACUGUCUACAAUGUUCACCUGUACCCAUCUGUGUAUCUGAAGAAUUUUCUACCGAUUGACAUCAUUAUCUGCUUGCCUGGCACUGGUCAGGAAAGCUUGCUCGAAGCAAGUGCUUCCCUGCAACUUCCUACGAUUGAUCCAGCCAAGUCAAAUAUAAUAAUUAAGCUACCCAAUUACUUGGAGAAAGAUUGGUCAUGCAAAGGUGAGAUUGUAGCAAACCCACCAGAAUUCGCUGUCUGGUCAUUUGAAUCUUUCGACAGCGCACAGAAAGUGAUCUUAGAUCUCGGGAUGCACACGUCUCACAAGCAUGGAUCGAUCAUCAUGGCACUAUACUGUCCCUUCUGGAUGCUGAACAAGACUGGUUUAAUGCUGUCCUAUAGAAAAUCAAGUAAGGGUGGCAAAGAGCACUCGAGUCCGAUCAAGCGCUUUAUUCGUGAAAAUGUACGUGCCAACGUCUUUCAGAAAUUCGUUUCCGCUAUGAAACCUCACCGGCUACGCGCACAGUACAGGAAGAGGAAAACGCGCGCGACAACGGACGAUUACCUGAACGUAUUGUACCAUCCUGAGCAUUUCAAGGGACCUAUUUUGUUUUCGUUCCGCUCCAAAGCCUUCUUCGGUAAGAAGAAGGCCAUGAUCAGAGUGGAGGAUGGAGAAUGGUCCGAUAAAUUCUCCAUCGAUGUCGCGGGAAGCGAGGGUGUGGUGGCCUGCAAAUACAAUGGAAUGAUAUAUCAGAUUGGGGUGCACAAUCAACUGACUUACAACUCAUUGACCAAGCAAAUUACGUUUACACCUUAUUACAUACUCAUUAAUAAUGCAGAUUUCCUUAUAGAAUGUCAGGAGGGUGAUCGACCAGCUGAUCCAAUGAUUAAAGUACUUCCUGGUGAAUGUGCGGCUCUAUGGCCUCGAACCGAACACGAGAGCAAGACUCUGAAAGCUAAGGUUUCGGGUCAACCAGAGAAAACCGCAGCGUUUAUUUAUACCGAUAGCCACACGACUCUGUUAAAAUUGGACAAUAAGUAUGGAGGGAUCAAUGUAGACGUGCAGAUUAGCGAAGGUGGCGUUUACAUUUCUAUGUCGGCCUAUAGUCCAGGUAACGCGCCAGCAUUGAUCAUUAACCAUACACCGCACUGCAUCAAUCUAUGGGAAAAAGGUUCGAUUAACAUUAGGUCCGUGCAAUCGAACAACAGGAUGUUUUAUACAUGGGAAAAUCCGGCCGGCCCACGAACGUUGGUUUGGGAAGAUAACAAUGGCAAGGAAAUCGAGGACAAUCUUCGCAAGGAUAAUCUUGGUACCUUUCACUUGCCAGAUGUAGAUGAGAAAUUAUUCUAUGUUUCAUUCCUGGACGGUACUCAGCGAGUGCUAUUGUUCACCAUGAAUCUAAAGAUUGCCGAAGAUUGCCAGCUGGCUGGUGAUCUUGAAGUGAUAGAUCAGGAAAUCAUCUUGAACAUUCAUGGCAUUGGAUUCUCCCUUGUGAACAAUAUCACCAAAUCCGAGUUGUUGUACAUGUGUGUCGCUAGCUCUGGAAUUAUAUGGGAGACACGAAAGUCCCUCGGUAGCCGAUGGCGAGCGUUAAAUGCCAAGGAAGUCAAUGCCAUUGAGGAAGGAUAUCAACGAUACAUUAGAGAAUUACAAAUCAACAAGGAAGCAGACUAUCGGAUAAUGUUGGAGCCAAAACUAAUGGUGGAUUAUAUGAAUAUGGAGAUGCUGAGGCCACAUCGUAGAUACAUGCGACGCACGUUUCAAACUGGGCUUUGGUUGCAGUAUCGCACUUCAGCUCAUCAAGUGCAACUACACGCGAAGAUUAACAAGCUUCAAAUCGACAAUCAGUUGUCGGAAUGCGUCUUUCCUGUUAUAUUGGCUCCGGUGCCACCGCCGAAGAGCGUCACGCAAAGUACAGUCAUGAAACCUUUCGCGGAACUUAGUAUGGUUAAGCGCCUGUUGGAGCACAGCACCGUGCAACAAUUCCGAUACUUCAAGGUUCUCAUUCAAGAGUUUCACAUUAAGGUGGACAUCGUUUUUAUAAACGCGAUAGUGGGUCUAUUUGAAGCGGACGAGGUUAACGAAACAGAAGAGAGUACUUUAUUCCGUACGGAUAUGAAACUAGUCAACGAACCGUUAAUGUACCAUGUCAGUCUGAUUACCACGGCCGAGCAAAAGAACUUCUUCGAUCUAUUGCAUUUCUCACCUCUCAAGAUACACAUCAGUUUCUCAAUGACCGGAAGCGGAGGAGGACCUUCCGCCUUACCGCAAGUACUUAACGUGUUGCUACAAGGAAUUGGUGUGACGUUGACAGAUAUCAACGAUAUUGUGUUCAAACUCGCGUAUUUUGAGAGAAACUAUGUAUUCAUGACGCACAAGCAGCUUGUCUCCGAGGCGAGCACUCAUUACGCGGGCCAAGCAAUCAAGCAGGCAUAUGUACUCGUGCUGGGACUCGAUGUGAUCGGUAAUCCAUACGGACUCGUGGUCGGGACCAUGAAGGGCAUCGAGGACCUGUUCUACGAACCCUUCCAAGGGGCCAUACAGGGUCCAGGGGAGUUCGCGGAGGGCCUGUUCCUCGGGGUGCGCAGCAUGUUGGGCCAUACCGUCGGCGGAAUGGCGGGCGCUGUGUCGAAGAUCACGGGAGCGAUGGGCAAGGGUAUAGCUGCUUUGACUUUCGACAAAGAUUACCAGCGAAAAAGGCAAGAACAACUCAACAAGCAGCCCGCCAACUUGCAAGAAGGCCUCGCACGGAGCGGAAAGGGUUUAGUAAUGGGUGUGGUCGAUGGUGUAACGGGUGUGGUGAUGAAACCCAUAUCAGGGGCGAAGGAAGAAGGAGUGGAGGGAUUCUUCAAAGGGUUUGGAAAGGGUGUUGUUGGACUUGUUACUAGGCCUACCGCUGGUAUUGUUGACUUUGCAAGUGGUUCCUUUGGAGCUGUCAGACGAGCCACUGAGCUGAGUGAAGAAGCAAAGAGAGUACGACCGCCCAGAUUUCUGCAACCAGACAGUCUUGUUAGACCGUACAUAAAGGAUGAAGCCGAAGGCAACAAGAUAUUGAUGGAAUUGGAAAAAGGAAAAUAUGCGCACACGGACGUUUACAUCUACCACGUGUUUAUCAACAAAGAUGUGCUGUUGCUUACCGACAAAAGAUUAUCGUAUCUCGAACGCAAUGACUUGUUUGGUGGCUGGCGAGUUGACUGGACUCAUACGUGGAACGAGUUUAGUGAACCAGCAAGAGUCGUAGAAAAAGGUGUACAGAUUUUUAUUAAAGACGCUAGUAAGAAAAAGAAACUUGGUGGUCUAUUUGGCAGUGCGGAUCAAUCAAAAAUACUUUUAAUAUCGGAUCAUAAUAUUAAGCAGUUGUUGUACAAAAAGAUACAGGAGCAGAUUAAUCAGUCCGGAAUAUAAUGCAACGACGCAUAAACGCAGAAACUUGCUCCAGUAACUUUGAAGAUAAGGAAAGGAAGAUAAGGAAAAGAAGAUAAGGAAAAGAAAAAGACGAAAGCAAGCAAGCUUCUUUACUUCCGGAACGCUUUGCGGGCGAGUUCGCACAAUUUCUAUGCACAUUUUCUACAGACACUUUAUAAGACUGAUACCUGCGUAAUUUGUAGAACGGUCAGAUAAAGAGACGCUAAUUAAUGUACCAAGAAAUCGUGAAAGAACGCACGGAAUCUUUCUUACUUUUCACCACGCAGUUGUUCUUUCUUGUGUUAUCGGUAUUAUUAUCGAACGAGCAGUGUUAGAUUGGUACAAAAGAUUUUUCGCAUUUGUUGUAUAAAGUAGAAAACAAAAUAUUACAUAGCUUCGGAACAAUUUAAUCGAGAUCACAAAACAUGAUUUAUAAAGAAAACUUAUCGAACCUCUUUAAAAGACAAAUCAAUUUUAUGUAAAUAUAAUUUUAGAAGAUAGAAAGAUAUUUUGUACCAAAUCAACAAUUGCAAUGUAGGAAUAUCACAAAAGAGAGAAUAAUUUUUUCAAAUUUAUAUUUAUAGAGUACAGGCGCGCAUCGUUUGAUACGAUCGCACGAAUUGUUUUAGUCAUACGAGAGUUACCAUUUCCAUCGAUAAAAGAGCUUAGGUUUACUACGAAGCGAUCGAGAUCGAGCGAGAGUAAUUUUAAGAUACAAUGCAGUAAACCGUACAAGUUGAAGUGAAACAAAAUGACAAGAAAGUGAAUCUUAGUUUGACAAAAAUAAGAAUUAUUAGUACAAUAAAAUUUAUUCCUACAUACUUGUUGAAGUAUUAUGCAGAUUUUUUAUGAAAAUCCGGUAAACCGGUAUUGUUUUAUAUCUGUAGGAAGUUAGAGUAUAUCACCAACAUUAUUGCAUUGUUAAUCACAUCGUAAUUUAAAUGAUACGUACAGUAAUUAAUCAAAUAAUACGCUUAAUUAUCUUCCUGCUGACAGUAUCCAGAGAAAAUGUUAAGUUUGCUGUAAAUGCCAUUGACGUAUCGACUAAACGCAUUGUUAAGACGUAAUAAAUUUUAUUACUGAGCUUCAACGCCUAAACGAUUGUGCAUCGAUAGUACUACCUCGUUUUAUUCUUUUUAACACUAGUUAAUACUUAAUUAGAAUUAUAUAAGAGAUGAAUAAAAAUAAUAAAGAAAGUUAAAUUUUGAAAUACUUAAUCAUCGAUCGUCAUAACUAUUUUUUACUCGAUUUUUUGAAAAGCUUUAAAGCCGAAGCAAGAAUAUUCAGAAUUAAUUUCACAUGCAACUUAUAUCUUAUAUGUAUAUGUGUAUAUUAUAGUGUACAUCGUGCUUAUUAUGUAUUUAAUUUAACUAUAUUGUUUUGCUUGCGCAACACUUAAUAAAGUUAUUACAAAUA